CACAGAUAGAAAAUCAAAAAUCGAAAGAUCCUACAAAACAAAACCAUUGUUGUACAAAAAAAUAGAAACUCGAGAUUCGAGAGACACACGAGUGUAGAAGUGAUCGAUCGUCUACGAAAUGGGAUUAAGCAGCUUAGCUUCUAGAACAAUUCGACCAGCUUCUCGUCUUCUUCAUCCCCACAACACUAGUUUCUUCCUCCGCACAAUCGUCUCAAAACCAGAGCUUCAAUCUCCGGAAUCCGCCGCUGUUUCUCAGCCUGAGCCUACGCCGAUUCUUCCUCCUAGGAAACCUGUUGGUGGGGCACGUGUCCAUUUCUCAAAUCCUGAUGAGGCGAUUGAGGUGUUCGUUGAUGGGUUCGCGGUGAAAAUCCCUAAGGGUUUCACGGUUCUACAGGCGUGUGAGGUCGCCGGAGUUGAUAUUCCGAGGUUUUGUUAUCAUUCACGGUUGUCUAUUGCUGGAAACUGUCGGAUGUGUCUUGUUGAGGUUGAGAAGUCUCCUAAACCUGUGGCUUCGUGUGCCAUGCCUGCACUUCCCGGGAUGAAGAUUAAGACUGACACACCAAUAGCAAAGAAAGCGAGGGAGGGAGUGAUGGAAUUUCUGUUGAUGAAUCAUCCUUUGGAUUGCCCAAUAUGUGACCAAGGAGGAGAAUGUGAUCUUCAGGAUCAGUCUAUGGCUUUUGGAUCUGACAGAGGCCGUUUCACCGAGAUGAAAAGAUCCGUCGUCGACAAAAAUCUCGGUCCUCUUGUGAAGACCGUUAUGACUCGGUGUAUCCAAUGUACAAGGUGUGUACGAUUUGCCACAGAAGUUGCUGGGGUUCAGGAUCUUGGCAUUCUUGGUCGUGGUAGUGGAGAAGAAAUCGGAACUUAUGUCGAGAAACUUAUGACCAGUGAACUCUCUGGAAAUGUCAUAGACAUCUGUCCUGUGGGAGCUCUGACGUCGAAACCCUUUGCCUUCAAAGCCAGAAACUGGGAGUUGAAAGGAACAGAAACCAUUGAUGUUACUGAUGCUGUUGGGUCCAACAUCCGUGUUGAUAGUAGAGGACCCGAGGUGAUGCGUAUCCUUCCACGCCUUAAUGAGGAUAUAAAUGAAGAAUGGAUUUCUGACAAAACUCGAUUCAGCUAUGACGGCCUGAAAAGACAAAGGCUGAGCGACCCUAUGAUUCGAGAUGCGGAUGGACGAUUCGAGGCAGUGAGCUGGCGUGAUGCUUUGGCUGUUGUGGGUGAUAUUAUUCAUCAGGUGAAGCCAAAUGAGAUUGUUGGAAUUGCAGGUCAACUAUCUGAUGCCGAAUCCAUGAUGGUAUUGAAGGACUUUCUGAACAGAAUGGGUUCAGACAAUGUCUGGUGUGAAGGAACAGCUGUGGGCGUUGAUGCUGAUCUUAGAUACAGUUAUCUUAUGAACACUAGCAUCGCUGGACUUGAGAAUGCAGAUCUCUUCCUUCUUAUUGGUACCCAGCCUAGGGUUGAAGCUGCAAUGGUGAACGCUAGGAUCUGCAAGACAGUCCGUGCAUCGAAUGCCAAGGUUGCAUACAUUGGUCCACCUUCAGAUUUCAACUACGAUUGCAAACACCUUGGAACUGGUCCUGAUACCCUCAAGGAAAUUGCUGAGGGAAGUCACCCGUUCUGCUCAGCUCUCAAGAACGCCAAAAAACCUGCAAUCAUUGUUGGUACUGGGCUCUUUAACAGAACCGAUAAAGAUGCAAUCCUCUCUGCUGUUGAAUCCAUUGCACAAGCCAACAAUGUUAUCCGACCAGACUGGAAUGGUCUCAACUUUCUCCUUCUGUAUGCUGCACAAGCGGCUGCUCUUGAUCUUGGCCUCAUUCAGCAGUCUCCCAAAGCCCUCGAGUCUGCAAAAUUCGUCUACUUGAUGGGAUCAGAUGAUGUAGAUGUUGACAAGAUCCCAAAAGACGCGUUUGUUGUCUACCAAGGACACCAUGGAGACAAAGCGGUUUACCGUGCAAACGUGAUUCUCCCUGCGACAGCCUUCACCGAGAAAGAAGGAACUUAUGAAAACACUGAAGGAUAUACCCAACAGACGGUUCCUGCUGUUCCAACAGUUGGUGAUGCAAGAGACGACUGGAAGAUUGUAAGAGCUUUAUCCGAGGUCUCGGGUGUGAAGCUUCCAUACAACUCAAUCGAAGGUGUCAGAUCAAGAAUCAAGACGGUCGCACCAAACCUAGUUCACACAGACGAGCGAGAGGCUGCUGCUUUCGGGCCUUCCUUGAAGCCUGGGUCAAAGGGGACAAUAGACACAAUGCCUUUCAAACCCGUGGUUGAGAAUUUUUAUAUGACAAACUCAAUCACAAGAGCCUCAAAGAUCAUGGCUCAGUGCAGUGCUUUGCUUCUCAAGAAGUGAUCUCUGUUUCAUUAUAUCUGUCUCCAUUGCUCUCUCUAUCUCUCUCAAAAUAAAGGUACAGAUUCUGAAUUUGCUCUCAUCUUUACUGGUCGCGUGUAUCACUGAAUUUUGAUUUAGCUCGCAGAGAAUCUAUAAGCAGUUUACAAUAAACACAUCCAAGGCAU